UCAUUUCACAAUGCCUACAAUAGUUGUAGCCUUCACCAUAAUAUCACUCUACAUCACCUUCAAAUGGUAUUCAUCUACUUCAAACCCUAAAAAUAACCGACCACCAUCCCCGCGAAAGCUUCCAAUCAUUGGAAACCUUCAUCAACUAGGCUCGAACCCACACCGCUCUCUCCAAACCAUAACCAAAAAACACGGUCCACUCGUACUCAUUCAACUAGGCAAUGUGCCUGCACUUGUAGCGUCAUCGGCUGAAACAGCCUGUGAGAUCUUGAAAACCCAUGAUCUAAUCUUUGCAAGCAGACCAAAAUUAAGUAUAACCGACACGCUUACUUACGGAUCUAAGAGCAUAGCAUUUUCCCCGUAUGGAGAGUACUGGAGGCAGGUGAGGAGCCUUGCUGUGCUCCAACUUUUGAGUAACAAACGAGUUCAAUCGUUUCGACAAGUUAGAGAACAAGAGACCCAAGUUAUGAUCGAUACGAUUGCUAAAAGUUGUGGAUCGGUGAUUGAUUUAAGCGAGUUGAUAAGUUCAUUUACAAAUAAUGUAAUUUGUAGAGUGGCAUUAGGGAGAACAUAUGGAGAACCGGAGUUUAUUGAUUUGUUGAUACGGUUUACUUAUCUUGCUGGUUGUUUUUCUAUCGGGGACUAUAUUCCGUGGUUGUCAUGGGUGGAUCGAUUGAGUGGUUUAGUGGCGAGAACUAAACAAGCUGCUCAAGAAUUUGAUGAGUUUCUUGAGGGUGUUCUUGAAGAACAUAUAAGUAAGAAAAAGAUGGUGGAUGGUGAUCAAAAUGGAAGUGACAAACGCCAAGAUCUAGUUGACAUCUUACUAGAUCUACAAACAGAAAAGACCACCAACUUUAUCCUUCAUAGGGAUGUUAUUAAAGCUGCCAUCAUGGACGUAUUUGCUGCUGGAACUGAUACUACAUCCACCGCAAUCGAGUGGGCAAUUAGUGAGCUAAUAAGACAUCCAAGAGUUAUGAAAACGUUACAAAAAGAGGUCAGAGAAAUAGCUAAUGGAAAACCCAUGAUUACCGAGGAUGAUUUGGAGAAAAUGACCUACUUACAAGCUGUCCUCAAAGAGGCUAUGCGAUUGCAUGCACCACUUCCAUUACUCAUUUCCCGAGAAUCAACAAAAGAUGUCAAACUUAUGGGGUACGACAUUUCAGCAGGUACACAAGUAUUUGUUAAUGCAUGGGCGAUAGGAAGAGAUCCUUCACGAUGGGUGGAACCCGUGAAGUUUCAUCCAGAGAGGUUUUUAAACAAUCCUAUCGACUAUAAAGGACUUAACUUUGAGUUCAUUCCAUUUGGUGUGGGAAGGAGAGGGUGUCCAGCUAUUCAGUUUGCAACACCUGUUUACGAGCUCGCUAUAGCAAACUUAGUGUACAAAUAUGACUUUGCAUUGCCAGAAGAGGUGAACGGUGAAGAACUUGACAUGACUGAGAUCACUGGCCUUACACUUCGUAGGAAGUCCCCUUUAUUGGUUGUGGCAACUCCUCAUUUCGGAUAGAAGCGAACUUUACAAGUACAUCGUUGUAAUAAUUUUCUAGAAUAAUGAGAGUUGUCAAACACUCAACCCCUUGUUAAUAACUGAUUUGUCGCAAAACACUGAAAAUAAUUAUCGAGAAAAGGUUAAUAACUUUUAUAAA